AUGACGACGCCAACAGGCAAUGGCGACGUGCCUGCGCCCGAUACAGCAGCCGCCGUCGUGUCCAAACCAAAGCGCGUCCGCACCGGCUGCUUGACGUGUCGCGAGCGCCAUCUCAAGUGCGACGAGGGAGCUCCCAUCUGCCAGAACUGUCGAAAGUCCAAUCGUCAAUGUAAACGCGGUCUUCGUCUCAACUUCAUCGACACAAAUUGCCAAGGUCCACCGCAGAAGGCUCCUACGCUGGAAUGGAAGGUAGACUUUAUGGACGAGUCUCGCGAUAUUGCUUCUGAGUAUGUUGGAGGCUUGGAAAAGUACGGCGCAAAGGACGCUCGCCCUUCACGGCCCUCCAUCGUACAAUCGCAUCUUCAACCUACCGAUAUGACGGGAAUGCCCAUGUUCGAAUACAAUCCUGCUGCCGUGGCCCACGCACACGCGCAAGCUCAAGCACAGGCACAUGCUCAAGCGCAACACGCUCAUGCCCAGGCUCAAGCUCAGGCGCAGGCACAGGCUCACGCUCAUGCUCAAGCUCAAGCCCAUGCACAAGCGCAAGCGCAAGCCCAUGCUCAGGCACAAGCUCACGCCCAAGCGCAGACUCAAGGAAACCCUCCCUCUGACCCAAACAUGUCAUAUCAACCCCUCCCGCCAAUCCAGGGUAUGCUUCCUGAAUCGUAUCCAUCCACAGACGAUCACAAGUACGGCGCGUAUAACACAUCCAACCAUGCCACCCAAGACUCUCCUUUCUCGAACCAACAGAGGAAUUCGAUAUCAGCCUAUAGCCAACAACAAGACCAAGACGAUACUACUGAGGGACGACGCGAAUUCCUUACUACCCAAGAGGAGACUCUAUUCAUGCAGGUCUUUGUCGAAGAAGUUGGUCUCUGGAUGGAUAGCAUGGAUCCUAUGAAACAUAACCCCAAUCGUGACACUAUCGUAUGUGCCACUACUGCCGUCAUUUUGAACGUCUACGAAAUUAUGAGCGAGCGAGCAUUGCAGAGAAUGAACCACAUCGCUGGCGCCCGCGCUCUCAUUAAAGAGUGCGGGUGGAAUGCACGUUCUCAAGGCAUUGGUGCAGCUUGUUUUUGGCUCAAUGUUGGGCUUGAAGUCUUGAGCUGCCUUCACUUCAAUUGGCAGGUCGCUUGGGAUCCCGAUGAUUGGGGCAUCGACAUGGACUUCAAUCGUGAAAUCCACAACGGUCGAGAGGAAAUCUGGACUCACCGUAUGCUGUAUAUCGUUGCAAAGGUUGCAAACUUCAGAGCAACCAUACCUCGACAUCAGGAACCAGACCAACGCGACGAGGAAAUGCGCCGUCAAAACAGGUAUGGCGAAUGGCAAAAGCUGAAGUCAUGGACUGAUGCCUGGAACGAUAACAUUCCUCGCACCAUGCAUCCUAUGGCCUAUCUCUACCCUCAACAUACCUCCUCCAAGUCGUGUUUCCCAGAAGUGUGGUUGAUCAAGCGUACAACCAUCGUCGCACGUCUGUUCUAUCACACUGUCAUGGUUCUUCUUUCACAAAUACACCCGUACUUUGGUCUGGACAAUCCCGAAAUGCACGACAUGCAGCAUCGCCAUUCACAGAUGAUAUGUGGCAUUACUGCUCACGUUAAGGACAGGGGAGUCGCCAGUGUAGCUAUCCGUUCCUUGGCGCAUGCUGCCGAAUGUUUGACCGAUCGACGUGAGCAGGAAGAAGUGCUUCAAAUCUUCCAGAAAAUCAACAAGGAGACAGGAUGGCGUAUCGCGUUCGUGUUCAAAGAACUCAAGGAGAAAUGGGGCUGGCAAGACGAACCACAGCCGCCACCCCAGCCCAUCGCUCCGGUUCAUUCGACAUCUCUGCUCACGAGUCCCGUGCCAAUGCAACAACCGUACGGGCAGUAUUCGACCACCAUCACACCAGUUGCUGCCCCUGCUCCUGCACAAACUGCAGCAGCUUCUCGUCGCCCACCUGCUGGCAUGGUAAACCCCAUGUUCGCCAAUGCUGAUUUCACCAUGCCAUCACAUCCUUACCAGAACGUUUCAUGA